GUAUGACGUCACCAUGUCCCCCGUGUAUGACGUCACGGCGCUGCUGUUGAUGGCAUCAUGGCGGCCCCGUUGAUUACGUCACUGCGGCCCCGUGUAUGACAUCACGGCUCUGCCGUCGAUGACGUCACGGCGCGGCCGUCGAUGACGUCACUGCGUCCCCUGUCGAUGACGUCACAGGAGGAGGACGGCUCCACCUGCCUGCACCACGCGGCCAAGAACGGGAACCUGGAGAUGGUGGAGCUGCUGCUGGGAACCGGACAGGUGGACGUCAACGCCCAAGACAACGGCGGCUGCACCCCGAUCAUUUGGGCGGCCGAGCACAAACACAUCGAGGUCAUUCGGCGACCGCUGACCCGAGGGGCCGACGUCACCCUGACCGACAACUUUUUCCAGAAUUUAUUGAUAAUUUAGCAAUCAAGCAGGGAUGGCACCCCGUUCUUGAAAAGAUGGCUAUGGAAAAACCUGCGUCUAACAACACGUACCUGACGGACGGCAACAAUUUUGCCGUUAUUACAGGGCCAAAUUCGAGUGGCAAAUCAACAUCGGCACGGAAUGCCGGAGGAGAGGAGU